UAUGGUUGCGUGAGUGCUAUAGUGCGGAUUAAUUACAAACAUUGGCGAUUUAAAAUGAUUUUAAAGUAGAAUUUUUGCGUAAAGUUAAACCCGAAUGUACCAGAAAUAUGAAGAGAAAAUUGAACGCUUUGGAGCUCCGUCGGCUGAGGGAAGGUGGUCACGAGGAUCCGCAUCAGCAACCGGAAUCAGCCAAUAAAAAGCGUUCGCCUACGAAGGGCGGUGGUGGCGGAGUAGGUAGUCCGAAGAGGGCGAGGGUCGUACGGAGUUAUGGAUCGUCGGUGGCGAGGAAGGAAGAUCCCCGGGAACAUCAGAAUCUCAACCGGGAGGAAAUCGCGCUGAUGUUUAUGGAGGUGUCGGAGAAGAUAGAUCGUUGUUUCGAUUUCGACCUGCAGAAAUGGCUGGGCCGGUACGAGACGCUGCGGGAGAAGGAGGAGACAAACUUUCCGGAGGCAGCGAUGUUGGUCAUGAGUUCAGCCCAGAUCUACGGCCGGAAGGUGGAUUAUUUGGAGGAAAUUAUUUUACACAUGGACCACGACCAGAAGGGACGGGAUGAGGGUACGGAGACGGAUCAAAAGGAAAGUAAACCUGCAGGGAGGAAGCGAGCAGCUCGCUUCCAACCGCAGUCGUUGUCGGAUUGCUUCAGCGAUUUGGAUUUUAGCUUUGUGGACAAGAAAACGGCUCCGAUUGGGUCGCUCGUGACCAAGCUGGAACGUGUCACGGUCGAUCGGCGGAACAAGUUCCAGCAGAUGCAGGAGUUCUGCAACGAGCUAAGAACCAUGCCAAGUAAGCAACGGAGGCAGGAAAUCCUGAAUCGAUUGCGGGACGAGGCGAACAUUGCGCCGAUUUUGUCCAGUCAUACGGCAGCCAGGAAGAAUCAAAUUUUGGAUCUAGAGUCAGGAGAAACUAUCGGAACCCGAUACGACUACCAGAUCUUUUUGAACUUCAUCGAUGUCAAGACGGGCUCGUUGAAACCGGAACACGAUCUGAAGAAGUUCUUCCAGCGUUGCGACGUGAUUGACUAUCUGUUCGAGCAGCAUGAAUACGAAAGAGAACAUUGCGAGCGGGCUGGUAAAGAGGCGCCGGAAAAGGUCUUUCCGCUGAAACCGCGGGAGUUUAAGAUUUACAUGCCUCCGGAUUACCUGAAGAAUAAGUACCGAAUAGAUAUUGACGAUACGGCAGAUUUCGACAAUGAAUUGCAUAAGGCAAGGAGUAGCAACUACCGGAGGGAUCCGAUCCUGGAAUUGAUGCAGAGCAAAUUUGCCGAUCGGGGAAAGGAUGCUGAGUUGUGGGCAACGAUGGAGACGAGCACCGAGGAAGCUUCGUUCUCCAAUGUUCUAUCAUCGACAGCUAUUGAUCAGAGCCCGUCAAGCGAAAGCUCCAUUGAAGUUCCGGCUGAGGAGUCCGAUUCCACUCCUUUCGACGAUAGUGGACACCUGGACGACAGUCAGAACACAGAGCCGGACAAUUCUGCAACAGAAUCAACACAGCCUCCGCACGACCCAUCCCGAUCGAUUAUAAUCUCGAUCAUCUCCGAACAUGAUCGGGGAGAAUUCUCGAAAUCGAAAGAAUCCUCCCCGGAACCGGAACUGAUGGCCCUGGAAAAUCAAACCAUCGACGGUGCCACCGCCAACCAAGACCCCUCCGGGCAGCAGUGGCCAUCCCGACUCAGCAUGGAGGAUGAAGGCAUUGGCGUGGAUCGAGAAUCCCUCGGAAAGCAAACGCCUUCGGAUCUCGCACGAACUCCAUCCAUAGACAAAUUGAGCGAAUGCGGAAUGCCAUCCGACUCAUCAACAGCAGCACCUACAGCCUUCGGCAGUGGAAUGGUGGUUAUGGCCGUAGGAGGAGCACCGAUGCGAACAAUUUCGCUGAAGCCGGCCCUGUUGGAGCGGAAUCUGCUCAAGAUCCCGGAGUGCCACCUGCGGAAGCACUUGCUCUUUUCACUUCCGCCGGAGUACAAGAAGAUGAAGAUGGAUUUGGUACGGAAAACUAGCGACAGAACGAAGGAUAUGUUCACCUUGACGUUGUACAGUUUGAGCCCCCCUCGCGGAGGCGCGAAGAAUCCGGCCGGUUUAAGGCGCGCGUCGACCCCCGAACUGGAAGAUUUCCACGGCUUCGACGAAUACGCGGAUAUCCUCCAGGGCCCGAACGGCACAGGCCUGUACAGCCUCGCUCCGCUGAGUGACGGCCAGCGGUCGAAUGUGUCCCGACCUUGCUCGCCGGAAAGCGAUUUCCUCGGGUUCGAAAAUAGCGCCGAUUCGCGACCUAACACUGACAUUGCCAACUUUGCGGAUUUCGAUCACAAUAAUCGCGAUGAAGCUAACAUAUCGCAAAACCCUGUUCCCGAGCCGGAAAAAGAACAAGCUGUCGCUUCGAUGCCUGAACCGGAAAAGACCCAACCCGCCUCGCAGCAAUCGACGCCGACGCGAACCAUGUCCCGCGAUUCAGGAAUCUCAGAUGAUCAGAACGACCAGGCGCUGCGGGGGAGUCGCUCCAAGGAAGGAACACCGGAACCGUCGUCUGUCGCCUCGGUUCCGGUGCCGGAGGAACCGUCAGCCACAACUACCGAAUCUGACCAAAACUCCGCCCUGACCAGUGAAAAGUUCAUUCAGAGCAUGGCGGAAGCGAAGGAACUGAUCGAAAAGGUCAACAACUGGCACAGGAAGCUGCGACCUAUUCUGAUUGAAUCGGAGAAAAGGAACCACUUCGACAUCCAUGCGUACGGGACCGAAAUCAUUGAUUCGUUCGGGCCGGAAGAGUCGACGGCAACGGAAACGCCAGCGAUAAAUUUUGCUCAGGUAAUGGAGAACAAACAGGAGGACUUUACGGCGCGGUACUUCCUCUCGAUGCUGAUGUUGGCCAAUACAAAUAAUGUGCAGAUUGUGACGAAGAAUCAGGACCCACAACGUUUGACGGCCAAGGAGGACAUAGAGCUGCGACUGUUGAGUCGCAAGCGUCACCAUCAGGAGAUGGAGAGUAUGGGCGAGAGGAUUCCCUGUGAUAACACACCGGCGGUAAGUGCCAGCAAGUCGUCACGUGGGAAGAAGCGGAAGAGGCUUGUCGAAGAAGAUGAAGGAUUGGAGAGGGAAGACGAAGGUGAUUUGAGUGGAAUCCAGCGGUUGCGAGAUGAUGGAGCAGGCGACGAUGACGAACCGGAUCAUAAUUUUCUGGAGAGAAUUCUCCGAAUAUAUCCGGACAUCAACAGCGAAGAGACAAAGCGAAAGCGGAUAGCGUUCCGCCGGGGAAUGCGACAGUGUGCUUAUGGGUUGUCUUCCGAUGGAGCAGAACCACCGGAGGAAGCAUGUGUGGAAGAAUCUAGCGUUCCUCCGCCGCAGCCGCCACCGCCACCGGAGGAACCUGAGCAGAUUACCCCGGAACAGGACGACCCGGAUGAAAUCCUAUCCGUCGAUCUGCAGACCAAUGAAGCAAUAAUGGCACCGAUGAUGGUCGAUCAGGAUCCUUGCUGCUCCAAGAGCCUGAUCUCGGCGUCGGAAUCCGGCUACGGAUCGAUGAUUGGGGCGAGCGAUUGCUAGGAUUUUAAGCACUUGGAUAAUGCAGCACGAGUCGAAACAGUUUUUUUUUUUGUUAGCACCCACUUGAUGCGGUUUAGUUUGUUGACACCAGAUGGACAAGGGUGCAAAGUUUGUUGAUUGGAGAACAGCGUUGUUCUUUUGUAGGAUUAGGACCCACAAAUUUAGAUGUUAAGCUUUAAAACUCUUCCUUGUUUCCCCCUUGUCUAAUAUUUAUAAACCAUUUGACUUUUCCUUAGUACAAAUCCUCGUACAUAUGCUAGGUAAUUGCACCGUUCCAAUGUGAGCAUUUUUCCCAUUGUUUGUUCAUUUUUCUCCUGACGCAUUCAAUGAGUUUAUGUUAGGGCUUUCUUUCCAUUUGUGUUAUUUGACGAAAGAUUCCUUAUUUACCAGUACUAUUGAUUUGAAUUUAUAUUUACACCCUGUUUCUUUUAUUUUUCAUAAAAAUAUUCCUAUAUUUAAGCAAUUUUUGUUUGCUUCGUAACAUUUCCUUGCAACUUCUUGCUAUAUUUGUUUGCAUUUUUGUUUUCCUUGAAUAGAUUUAAGACUAAAAACUUAACAUGAAAAUUAUUAGCUAAAAUUUAUCUUAGUUGGACAAUUUUUCUUAGCGUAAACAAAUAAUUGAAAACAGUUGAAUCGAUGUGAAAUUUUUGCACCAAUACACACUACCUAGAUUCCUUCCUUUUUGAGGUUUACUGUAAUAUAUACAUGACAGAUCUACAGGUGUAAGUUUUAGGUAUUAUGUAGCAGAUAAGAACAAACUGGGAUCUGUUUUUUAGGAGGCAGAAAAUGUAGAAUUUAUUGUGACGAAAUAAGAUUUAUAUUUUGUAAUAAAAUUUGAAAACAAUAUAAA